GGCAGCGGGGGCCUUUCAUAGCAGGCCAUGAGCGGCGCAGCCCGUUGCUGUGUGUGUCGCACAUCAUGGCGGCGCCCUUGCUGAGCGCGGCGCUGCGCUGCGCCUGGAGCGGGCGGGCGUUCGGUACCGCGGCUGCGCUCUGUAAACGGGCCGCCCCCCUGGGCCCGAUGCCGAACGAGGACAUUGAUGUGAGCAGGCUGGAAGAGCUGGAGAAAUACCGCAGUUAUACACGGUACUUUAAAAUGGCCGAGAAGGAGAGCAGGAAAGUGAGGUGGUGGAAAACGUACCGACAGUACAGCGACACACAGCAGGAGCCGAAGACUGACAUCAGCCUGCCGCGUGAUAAGGUGCUACGGGCGGGAGAACACAAGGAAAGAAAAAGAAUCCUGAAGCAGAACCACCAGAACGCCGAGAUGGAGAGAGCAGCACGGCUCCGGACUGCACUGAUCCCUCUCGAUGAGGUCAGGGCAGAAUGGGAGAAGACCAGCGGCCCUUACCACAAGCAGCGCCUGGCGGAGCACUAUGGGAUAUUUCGUGACUUGUUCCAGGGGGCCACCUUCACCCCCUGGGUUAGUUUGAGGGUGGGAUACAACCAGGAAGAUGAGCACGUGGUGCCAGUCUACUACGGGAACAUGGUGACUCCAUCAGAGGCUUCCAAUCCUCCUGAAGUGUCGUAUGAGGCAGAUAAAGGCUCUCUCUGGACUUUAUUGCUCACAAAUCCAGAUGGACAUUUAAGAGAGACUGAUUCAGAGUACCUCCAUUGGCUGGUGACAAACAUCCCAGGCAAUGACAUCAAGUCGGGUAAGGAGAUGUGCCAUUACUUGCCCCCCUUCCCUGCCAUGGGAACUGGCUACCAUCGCUUCAUCUUCCUGCUCUUCAAGCAAGAUCGCCCCAUAGAUUUCAGCGAGGAUGUCCGGCCGAUGCCAUGCUACAGCCUCAAGAUGCGAACCUUUAGCACGUUUGACUUCUACAGAAAGCACGAGGAUGACAUGACCCCAGCAGGGCUGGCGUUCUUCCAGUGCCAGUGGGACAGCUCUGUUACUUGGAUCUUCCACCAGCUGCUCAAUAUGAGAGAGCCUGUGUUUGAAUUCGUGCGGCCGCCCGUUUACCAUCCUCCACAGUUAAAAUUCCCACGUUACCAGCCCCUGAGAUACCUGGACAGAUACCGAGACAGCGAGGAGCCCACCUAUGGCAUUUACUAGGGCCCUGGUGUCUCCCUUUUGCUCUGCUGUCCAGUGCAGGUCCAGCAGAUGGGGCUGCCGGCUUCCCUGCCUUCACCCAGCCGGGCAGUCGGGAGCCUUCAGCGCCUCUAGAGGGAGAGACAACAAAAUCUCAGCACCUUGGCUCUGAGUUCCACUUUGCUGGCUCUGCUGGAAGGCAUGCGGCUGAGGGCAACAGGCAUUCAGUGCUGGCAGCUGUCAGGGAAAAAGGCUGUUUCAGAGCACGUUCGUGGAUGAAAACUAAUCCACAUCCAGGCUGAAAUCCCGCUACUGGUUCUGUAGCAGAGCUGAUGAGUAGCAGCAGCAAGACAGAGUCCACCAGAGAUGCCCUGCCUUGCUUCUCUGGAAGGGUGACCGUUCUCCUUUCACCUGCCCAUGAAACAAACAAUCCAGGCCAACUUGCAUCUCCUUCCCCUUUCUGUGCUGCAGUUCAGGGCUAUGCCAGCUUUCAUUUCUGUGUUCAGAUUAAUGAAUCAGAUUAAAUACUCUGAGUGA